AUGGGAAUGGGAACUCUAUUUACGUGCCCUGAUGAGAUAGGACGGACAGGGGGCCUCGUCUCUGACUCUCGACGCAUCGCGGUGUUGACAGGAGGUGAUGGCGAAGUCGGCACACGGUUCCUCUUCCUGGUCCUUCCUUUCUUCGGUGGUACCCGAUCACCAUACGCCAGGGUCACGGAAGCCCGUUCAGAAUUUUGUUUCAGCUAUGGUGGAAUACCUUACAGUAAUGCGGUAUAUGGUAGCGGAUCGGGGCAAAUUUGGCUACAUUCUGUGGAUUGUACUGGAAAUGAAGCAACAAUAGAUGCCUGCAGAAAAACUACCUGGGGUCAACAUGUCUGUCAACAUUCCGAUGACGCAGGAGUUAAGUGUUAUACGACGUCAAACACACCUGGCGACAUCACAGUGGAAUUAGUCGAUGGACCACAGAGAAAUGAAGGGCGAGUGGAAAUAGUUCACAAUGGAGUCCGCGGAACGAUAUGUGAUGACCAUUGGGAUGAACAGGAUGCGUCCGUUAUUUGUAGAAUGCUGGGAUACAAUAAUGGUGGGAUAACUCACGGCGGGGCAACGUACGGCCAGGGGACAGGGACGAUCCUACUGGACGAUGUACAGUGUAAUGGGGGUGAAACCACUAUAGAUAACUGCACGAAAAGUGACUGGGGAACCCACAACUGUUCCCAUGCUAAUGAUGCAGGUGUCACCUGCAAUGUUAUAUCAAGUGACACGGUUGAUAACAUUGCACUACAGAAACCUACGUUUAUGAGCAGCGUGUUUCAGCUAGAAGGGUCUCAGUAUGCUGUUGAUGGCAACAUGGGAACUUCCUUACUCGCGGAUCACUGCAGUCACACCAACAUGUAUGAUUACAACCCGUGGUGGAUGGUAGAUCUGUUUGGGACAUUUCUUGUUCAAUAUGUCACACUAACCAACAGAGGGGAUGCCUCUUGGGACCGACUCCACAGCUUCGUCAUUGAAAUAUUUGCACAAAACCCGACAACACAUCCUAGCAGUUCUUCUCAAGUCUGUUUCAACUACACUGGCGUGGCGCUGGGGAAGGCAGAGACCAGGACAUUGACCUGCGAGAGGUCAGUAAGAGGUCGCUUUGUCCGAAUUAGCAAGUGGAAAGUGGAUGCUUAUUACGAUGUUUUGACCUUGUGUGAAGUCCAAAUAUUUGGAUGCGAUUUUCCAAGAAUCCUUCCCCGCGUCUCCAAAACUAGUAUGACAUCGCAAAACUCUGAGCGUGUAACUACCAUAACUCCAAUGGAUUGUGCCGCGAAAUGCGAUAGGAAAACCAGAUGUCUGGCAUUCAACUUCAACGUCAACACACAUGAAUGCGAGCUCAUCUUAAACCCCGUGAUCAACAAUACGAUGACGCCACAAGCAGACUGGAACUACUAUGGACCAGAUUUGAACUGAAAAGAACAAAUAGAGACAAUACAGACAAUUUAAGUUUAAAAGAUAUCCCAAGCAUGUUUGGGUUGUUUAUUUGUUUAGCUAUGAAUUAUCGAAGAUGUCAUAAAGAUAUAUAUUGUUAGAAAUAACGAAGCCAUUAAAGGUAUUGAUAUAGACGGCGAAGAAUACCUUAUAUCACAAUACGCCGAUGACACCAGCUUCAUUCUUGACGGAUCUCCCGAGUCCUUGUACGGUACAUUUAAAGUUUUAGAUUAUUACGCACGUAUUUCUGGUUUAAAAAUAAAUUAUUCUAAAUCAAAAGCCAUAUGGAUUGGAAAUAAAAAGUUCUCUAACGAGGUUUUUCACCAUGCACGAUGGAAGUUGGAAUGGGGGGCAACAGAUUUGUGUAUACUUGGUAUUAAUUUCUCAGUUACCUUGAAACAUAUCAUGCAUCUAAAUUAUAAUAUUAAAGUACUGGAAAUUCAAAAAUUAAUAAAUUUAUGGUCCAUUAGAAAAUUAACGGUUUUGGGGAGAAUAACUGUUCUUAAAACCUUA